AUGGAUAUAAUGCAAAAUGCAGAUAUUAAAAUUACUGAAGAAAAUCUUGCACCUUGCAAACAUACUCGUGAUAAUGAAGAUAAUAUUCUUGCUAAACAAGAUAUUGAAAGUACACAUCCUCAUUAA